GUUCUCAAGGUUGCACAUCUAUUAAUUACAGGUCUAAUGAUUAAACAUACAAGACCCCCCCAGUCUUAUUCUUUAUUUGACUGAUUUGACUGUAGCCAACAAGGGCAAGAACUCGUGUUGUUUUGUCAUAAUGACGUUUUUGCUUUAUGCAAGAUAUUUAUUUUUGUUUGCAUAAAAAAAGCUACUGAAGAGCAACAUAGUUUGCUUUAAAUUUUAGAUUUUAUUGUAUAAUGUCCUGAUGUCCAGGACUUUUUAAAUGGUCUGCCCUGUUAAUAUGAUGUAGUAUCACAGCUUCAUCCCAUCUCUGCAAAGUGCAGUGCAGAAACAUCACAGCAGUGAGAAGUUACCAUAAGGCAGCAAAGGAAAUCUGAAUCUAGCAGAGAACCUGUUCAAUGUUACUGAAGAGAAAACAAAAAUGUGCAAGUUCCAGAAAUCAUCAGGAUGUCUCGCAGUGCUUGUACAGACUUUCAUACAGUAGAGUGGCUGAUCCAGGAUCAGUCAGCCAAGUCCACCUACGGAAGUGAGACCUUCAGUCACAUGCUGCUCUCCCCCUCACUCAUUACAGUGCGUGUGUGUGCUUUUCUGGGUAACAUACAUGUGAGUGUUGUGCAGUGUGUGUUUCGUACAGUGUGUGUGUGUGUACAUACUGACACUGGCCCCCUCUGUUCUCCUGCUGGCUGGCUGAUCAGGAGCUACUCUAACAAUCAACUCUAUUUUACCUCUCUCUCUUUCUCCCUACUCAUUCACUUUGUGUGACCCCCACUCAUCAGAAUGGAUGGCACGGACCUGCAUGAAACAAUCCUCCAGCCUUUCUCUCUGUGUUUUUUUUUUUUUUUAGCCCUGUCCUGACUGAAAGAUCAAACAGUGGGUCUUUGAGUCUGGUCCUGACACAGAUAUCCAUUCAUUGAUAUGCAUCAGGAAAAUAAGUGUCGCCGUUAUACCCCUAAUGACUCCAUUAGAAUCACUGACGCCCUCUCUCUCAACCCAGGUUGUUUUCCUGCCCCUCGAGAUCAUUGCAGCUCAUUUUGCAGGUCAUGUUAUAUGCAGUGAUGUGACACAGUGCCUGCAAUUCACCACCAACAACUCUUGCUUCAUUGUUCCUUCAAUAUACUGGUGCACCGAUGUCUACACAUUUUUACAUCCCAACUUACACUAUAUACCUACCCUAUCAUAGCUCAAGCAGAAUAUGCAGAAUACAUUACUGCUCCUUCAAAAGCUUUCAUUGCAGUUUUGUGAGCGUCCACAGUGUAAGCUGAGGAAGUUGCUUUUGCUCCCACACUUCAACAAACAGUGGGGAAAAGCGGUUACAGUCGUUAGCAGCACACAGAGCAGCACUGUCCUGCAGGCUGACUGCUGCCAAGUGAUGGCUUGGCUCAGAAAAGUCACUUUGAAUCUCUACCUGUGUCCUAUUACAGUCACAAAGGGAUCACACACACACACACCUUUGCACUACAAUGCAACUUUGUUCUUUCAACCCUUUGACUUCCAUGCUGCAUGGGCACCCUGUAAGAACAAUAGAUGGUGACCAUUUUAUAUUUGAAGUUGGUUUGUGUAACAUUUGUGAACAUCCUUGCUGUCAAAUCAAUGGUGGUACCAUGGCAUAUUUAAAGGAGCAUUCUGCUGGUUUUACACAUGAAAUUCAGUUUGCUUGUUACAAAGAGUUCUACUCAGCCUGCAGAAACAGUUGCGUAAUGUCCCCUGUGGCUCUGGAGGAGCUUUCCAAAGUAAAAAAAACAACCCCCAGAUGAUGUCAUCAGGGUUAUCUUGGCUUGGGCUUGAGACUAUCAAGAAAUCCCAAUUCAUGCUUGCUGCACCCGCGUGUCUACGUGGAUUCAUGUAAAUUUCAUCAUCUGCUCAUGUGCAUGACAUGUCCAGAGGAGCUCUUCUUCUUGCUGUCGUGAGGUCGGCAUCUUGUUUUCUUAGUGCGCAUGUCUGGAGUGCGUCUGCAUCCACAUGUCUCCAGUUGUAGUAUGUAUAGAAGCGUGUGCGUGUCCGCAGCUCCCCAUACUGAAGUAUAAACAAACUUUAAAAGUCUAGAGGCACGCUAUCUGCUCUGUGUGGUUGUACUUAGGCACAGCAAUGCUUUGAGCUGAAUACUUACAUCAUCAGCAUGCAAACAUCCUCACAAAGACUGCUGAUGUUUAACAGUCCUCACAGGAAGUCAUCUCAUAUUGUUCUGGCUGAUUUGACAGUGGCGGUGCAUCUUUUAUUUCAUGCAAAGGAAGCAGGAGCUGCAGGACCAUGUGGAAUAUUUUCCCGCAAACAACCUGACUCUCCAGACUCAAGGAUGUCUUGGCCAGCUCUGUACGCUCAGUUAGUCGGAGCAAACCGUCACUCCACCAGCCUGGGUAAAGUCUGGCUCUCGGUGCUGUUUGUUUUCCGGGUCAUGGUGCUGGUUGUUGCUGCUGAGAGCGUCUGGGGAGACGAGCAGUCUGACUUCACCUGUAAUACACUACAGCCUGGCUGUGAAAAUGUCUGCUAUGAUCAGUUCUUCCCUGUCUCCCACAUCCGUCUCUGGUGUCUUCAGCUUGUCUUUGUCUCCACACCAACGCUCCUGGUAACUAUGUACGUGGCCUAUCGGAACCAUAGCGAUAAGAAGAGGCUCCUACAGAGUUCUGGUAGAGCUGGUUUCCUCAGCAACAAAGGCCAGGAGGAAGAGUUGGAGACUCUAAAGAGACGGAGACUCCCAAUAGCUGGUGCCCUCUGGUGGACGUACGCCUGCAGCCUGGUGUUCAGGCUGUUGUUUGAAGGAGGCUUCAUGUAUGCCCUGUACGUGGUAUAUGAUGGUUUCCAGAUGCCACGGCUGGUGCAGUGUGACCAGUGGCCGUGUCCUAACCUGGUGGACUGUUUCAUCUCACGCCCCACCGAGAAAACCAUCUUUACCGUGUUCAUGGCCACUGCCUCUUCUAUCUGCAUGGUCCUUAACAUGGCUGAACUUGCAUAUCUUGUCACCAAGGCUGUCACUAGGGUUCACUGUGGACAGAAGGAAAGGAAAACAGGCAGCAAAUCCAGCAGAGAGAGGACGCAGAAUAAGACAAACCAGAAGUUACAUGUCUCAACCUGAGGAAGCAGCAACAAGGUGGAUGAUACAUGCAGACGAAAGACUUGAAACACUUUAAAGCUGUAUAAUUACAAGUGGCACACAUGUGAAUGACCCCAAACAUGUGUAAAUACAACUCAAAAAGUGAACAUUUUCUAUGAUACCCGAGGUGUUCAAAUGUAACAUUUAAGGGGCGGAGAGGAUGGAAUCAGUGUCAGCAACUCAAAACUGUAUUUUUACAUGAUAUUAUUUGAGAUUGUGUGUCAGUACUUAGUUUGUGAUUAUAACUUUUGUAUAUUUUAAUGUAACAGCAAAAAUAGGCCAAGACAGAAAGUGUAUAACAAUGCUGAGUAGAAUCUCGAGCCAUCAUGCCAUCUAUUGGGCAACAAGAAAACAACAUGAGGAAAGAAAUGUGAGGGCUCACUAGCAGCUACACACACAUUACUAUACACACACACACCGAAAAGUUGUUUGUCUUUUUCAUGGAUUCAUUGAAUCUAAAUGCACUCACCAUUUCUUACUUUAUAUCCACAAAUAAAGUUUUAUCUUAUUGUAA